AUGAAGUCCUCAUUGCCAGGCGUCGCCACCUUGCUGGCGGUCGCGAGCUUUGUCCACGCCCAGGGCUCAUCUUCCUUCUCCAUUGCCUCUGACGCCGCAAUCAAGCAGACGGCCAGCACCCUCGCCUGGGACAUGCUGCAGUACUACAAGGGAAACCAAACGGGCCAGACGCCCGGCAUUCUUCCCGGUCCUCCUCCCGCCGGCGACUACUACUGGUGGGAGGGCGGUGCCAUGUGGGGGACCCUCAUCGACUACUGGGCCUGGACGGGCGACUCGACCUACAACGACGAGGUCAUGGAGGCCAUGCAGUUCCAGGUCGGUGAGCACAGAGACUACAUGCCCCGCAACGUCACCGCCUCGCUCGGCAACGACGACCAGGGCUUCUGGGGCAUGUCGGCCAUGCUCGCUGCUGAGAACAAGUUCCCCAACCCACCCUCGGACAAGCCCCAAUGGCUGGCCCUCGCCCAGGCCGUCUUCAACACCCAGGCCAGCCCCGACCGCCACGACGACACGUGCGGCGGCGGCCUGCGCUGGCAGAUUCCCUUUUCCAACAACGGCUACAACUACAAGAACAGCAUCGCCAACGGCUGCUUCUUCAACCUCGGCGCCCGCCUGGCCCGCUACACCGGCAACGCCACCUACUCGGACUGGGCCAUCAAGACGUGGGACUGGAUGGAAAAGAUUGGCUUCAUCGACGCCGACACGUAUGCCAUUUACGACGGCGCCAACAUCAACACCCAGUGCAAGGAAAUCAACAAGGCCCAGUUCUCGUACAACAACGGUGUCUUUGCCCAGGGCGCGGCCUUUAUGUACAAUCACACCAACGGAGCACAAAUGUGGAGGGAUAGAACCGAGAAGCUCGUCUCGCGCGGCCUCCAGACCUUCUUCCCCAACGGCAUCGCCGUCGAGCCGUCGUGCGAAAACAUCAACACGUGCACGACGGACAUGAUUACGUUCAAGGGCUUUGUGCACCGGUGGUACUCGGUCAUCACGCAGCUCGCGCCAUUUACGGCCGAGAUGAUCAACCCGGUGCUCAAGAAGUCGGCCGAGGCGGCCAUCAAACAGUGCACCGGCGGCGCCCUCGGGCGGCAGUGCGGGUUCAAGUGGGCGUCGGGCACGUACGACGGCAAGACGGGAGCGGGCCAGGAAAUGGGAGUGCUGUCGGCCGUGGCGUCGCAGCUCAUCGGGAAGGCCAAGGGGCCCGUCACGCAGACGUCGGGCGGCACGUCGAAGGGCGACCCAGACGCGGGCAGCAGCGGCGACGACUUCCAGAAGCACGGCAAGGUGAUUACGGCGGGCGACAAGGCGGGCGCCAGCAUCGCCACCCUGGUGGUGCUGGGGGCGGCGUGCGGCAUGUUUGGCUGGAUGAGCCUGGGCGCCUAG